CUGGGCAAUUGCUGGGCAGCCCCACUGCGAUGGAUUGAGAGAGUAGUUAAGCGGUCACGGACGCUAGAUUAACCCUUGCGACGGCGGAUUGAACGGCGCAGCGAUGCCGACCAUGAAGGUGACGCCUGAGCAAUUCGCACAGCACAUGACACCUAUCGACGUGCCGAAACGCAAGAGCUUUGGGGAUUGGAUGGCCAUGUUCAUCUUCCUGGUGCUCACGCCCGGCAUUGUGGCCGUGUUUCUGCUGGGCGUGGCGCUCUUUAGCACGCCGUUGCUCCUCGUCGUCGGCUACACGAGCGCGCGCCUGCCGCGGCCGCGACCGCUCGCGCGCGUCCCACGCGACGCAGGCUUCUACGUCUUCUCGUACGUGGUACUGCUGCCGCUCUCGCUGCCCUUGAUUCUUCUUGCGAUCAACUGGGCCCUCGUCGUAUUUCUCGUGACGCUCGCGCUCUCGCUCCCGGUGGGCGCGUCGCACCCGUCGCGCACCGUCGCGUCGUUGCGGAAGCUCGGCCCCUUCAUGGGACGGCCCGGCGCCGACGCGCCCUCCUGGAACACGGGCAAGGAGCCGAUCGCGGAGGCCGCGCUCGCGCGGAAGUUCGGCCUCGUGUGGCCGUUCGCCGACCUGGUGGUCGCCGUCAUCGGCGGCGCGCACCGGCAGGGGUGCUGCGAGCUCGUCGUCGCUAUCCCGCUCAUGAUCGCGCUCAUUCCGGCCAUGAAGGUCACGUACAUCAAUCCCAUGCUCUUCGCGCUGGAGGACGUGUUUAUUAACCAGUGGAGCGAUCCGCUGGACGCGGACGGCGACGGGGACGCGGACGCCGUCGACCAGGAGCUCGCGCGCGGAGCGAUCAAGAACUGUAUCACGUCGUCCCUGCUCCGCGAACGGAACCGCGCGAUCACGGACGCGUGGCCGUUCGUGGGCCACCACCAGCUGCCGCCCGAAAAGCGCCCGUCGAUGACAGUCGCGGGCCUGCAGAUGGGUUGCGGCGGCAAGUGCACGCUCAUCUCGCACACGACGCAUCCGUACGACGUGCCCGGCCACGUGCCGCGGUCCGAGGACGCGUCGUGGGGGCUGAUCGUCGUGCGGCUGCAAGCCUGGAAUCCCUUCUACCAACUCGCCGGAUACGUCGAGGUCAAUGUCCGCAAAGACCACGGCGUCGAACAUCCAAUGUGGUUGGUAGUCGACCCGUCAUCUCAGCUGGCCAUGGACCAGCUACAGGGUAUUAACCGGCUCUUCGUGCGGCUGGGAUACCUCUUCGCCGAGUACCUCCGCGAGCAGCCCGAGUUCAAGAAGGGCUCGUCCGCCGCCACCGUCGCGUCGGAUUCGUCGGGGCCGCUCGCGCCGCACCCAAAUUGAUCACUUCUU